UGUUCAGAUGUCUUCUCUCUCACAUGUAAUAAACAUGUAAAAUAUCCACAGCCAUCAUUUUAUUUAUACAUUUAGAUAUGUUCCUGUGCUGUGGUAUAUAUGUUUUGUCGGCAGUUAAGGGGGCUUCACUUCCGGUGUCGUCACGGCUGCUGCACAGAAGAGCCGCUCUGCUGCUCAGAAGAGAUGAAUACUGCGCUGUGUUAGCCGGCUCAGCUAACAGGCUAACACCCCCGUCUGCUCGUUGUCACCUGCCUGAACGACACCGCUGGUUUCACCCUCGUGUGUGGGUCACGAUGAGCAGCCUGCGUGUGCUCACAUCCAGCGGACUGAGCUGUGCCCAGAGGCUCCUCUCCUGCUAGCUAGCGUUAGCUCCACGGAGCUGUGUGGCCCGCUCUGCCUGCACCAUCACCGGGACUGGUACACUUCACUAAGCUCAGACACAUCACCAUGAAUCUGUUACGUCUUGUUUGCCGCCACAAAACAGCCCUGGUCAUUGGCACUGUUUGCAGCUUUGCCAUAGUUCUCGUCUUCUUGGCCAAAUGUACCUCAGAAACCUUGAAACAGGGCCACUCGGAUCCUCCAGGCUUGGCCCCUCGUGCCAACCCUUUGCAACCUCGUCCAGAGCAGCACAACCCCCUCUCUACAGUCAAAGACUUGUCAGCAUUCCUUGUGGUCCUUAUCACGACCGGACCCAAGUACACAGAGCGGAGGAGCAUCAUCCGAAGCACCUGGCUUGCCAAGCGAGACUCUGAUGUUCUUGCCAUGUUUGUGGUGGGAACUCAGGGCCUUUCCAAUGAGGACAUGCAGAACAUCAACACAGAGCAAGGGCGUCACAAAGACCUGCUCUUACUGCCUGACUUACGCGAUUCUUAUGAGAACUUGACACUCAAGCUGCUCCACAUGUACUCCUGGCUGGACCAGAAUGUGGAGUUCAAGUUUGUCUUCAAAGCAGAUGAUGACACAUUUGCUCGCUUGGACCUCCUCAAAGAGGAGCUGAAGGGUAAAGAGCCAAACCGGCUCUACUGGGGCUUCUUCUCAGGGAGAGGCAGGGUAAAAACAGCCGGCAAGUGGCGGGAAAGCUCCUGGGAGCUCUGUGACUACUACCUGCCCUAUGCGCUAGGCGGGGGCUACAUCCUCUCAGCCGACCUGGUGCGUUACAUACAUCUCAAUGUAGGUUAUCUGAAGACGUGGCAGAGCGAGGAUGUGUCUCUGGGGGCCUGGCUGGGACCAGUGGAUGUCCGGAGGACGCAUGACCCACGCUUUGACACAGAGUACAAAUCACGUGGUUGCAACAACAAAUAUCUGGUCACACAUAAGCAGAGCCUGGAGGACAUGCUGGAAAAACACCAGACUCUGCAGCGUGACGGCCGGCUCUGCAAGGAGGAAAUCAAGCUGCGACUGUCCUAUGUGUAUGACUGGGGCGUGCCACCUUCACAGUGCUGCCAGAGGAAGGAUGGCAUUCCUUAAAUGUUGUCCUUUUUAUCUUGUUAGUUGGCUUUUGAUUUGUGGUUAUCUUACUCUGUGAGAUUAAGGGAUAAGGUUUUUCAGCUAUUCCACGACUAUUAAAAGAUUUAAAGUUGUGUAAUAGGUUCUAGACAUUAUAUUGUAAAAGUAUUAAUUCUGUUAGAAACCUCCUGUCUAGUUAAAAUCUACUUGAUUAACAUUUUUACAGUAACAAGAGUCAAUUUCACAGAUUUCUCUUCCAUCCAGGCCAGAGGAUCUAGAUGGAUAUUGGUUUCAACAGUCUCCAUGUUAAUUCAGAACAGCUCUGAGAAAUUAUAAUGGAGUGGUUUUAGAGAUAGUGUUCUUAGAUGAGAGAAAAAGUCAUUAAAUUGCUCUAUUUUCUGCCUCCAUAAACAGUAUAUAGGAUUCCUACAAGUGUUCAAGAGGUGAACGAAUAAUCAAAUCAAUCUCCACUAGAAUGGGGUUUUAAACUGUGCUGCUUUUAUUUGAAGUCAAGCAGAAAUGGCUGAGAAAUAUUAUCCCUUGACUCUUGAUCAGAAGCCAUCCUCCCCCUUAUCUCUUUGUUGACCUGUAAACUCCUUUGGCCUUGUUAUUUGGACCCAUGAUAAUGUCGGUGAUCUCCUUCUCUCACCUGUCUGUGCUUUUUCUGCUGUACCUCUCGCUAAAUAUCUUCAAAAUCAAUGUGAGGAGUUUUAACUGUCGUAGAUAGAAGUGGGAAACGCAGAUUGUAGUCUUUAACCCUGCCAUGAUGUACUUUUUGUGAACACAAUGUUUUUGUAUUUAAUUUAUUAUUAAUUUAUUCCUCAGCAAACAAAAGACACUGGUACUGAGUCGCGACAGGAGCACAGUGGAUGGAGUUGCUGCAUGUGAGUAGAAUAUGUAUUUAUAAACAUGGCAGGGGGAAAUCACAUGUAAUUCACAUAACUAAUGGAGAAGAAAUGUUUACGGUACACAAGGUUUGAGGUGUUUGGAGUUACACAGAAUGUGUUUGAGAAAAUGGUUGAAUGUGUUUUAUUCAGCAGGCCUUCUAACUCAUUAUACUGGAGCCUACGUGAGGAGGCCGGGAUAAUAUUUACAUCCAUGUAGUGUCUCUGAUUCACGUCACUACAUUUUCUUUGUAGAGAUUUCAAGUUGUUUGUGACUGUUCGUUUGCAGUACAGCAGAGAUACGCCCACAGUAACACUUUCUCGUAAAAUGGCAUACCACUGGUAGUCAUGACUGAUGAGACCCAAUCUGGAAUCACAUGUGUGACUGCACCGUCACUUCCAAAAGUCUCCAUUUCUGUCUGUCUAGACGAAACCCCAGAGUUUUCAAACUAAAACAGAGCUGGCAGUGUUUCCAAAGUUCUCCAUUUUAGGGCUUUUGUGUUUGUUUAUGUUUUAGUAUCAAAACGCAUCAUCACCUUUGCUACGUUCACUGGCGUCCACACUACUCUGGAGUUUUCAUGUUUCUGAAAUGGAGACUUUUGGAAAUUAUGCAGCAACAUUAGCUGCCCGGUGGUUCUCAUCAGUGACAACUCAACUACCAGCAGUGAAUGCACAGCGUUGCUAACACCAGUAUUUCCACUUCGUCAUUGGAUAAAGAAAAGAAAUUCCUGGUCUUUUUACUGAUGCUGCUGAUCUGUUUUCAUAGUAUUUCCUGCUACUAAGCAACUGACUGCAGAGAAGACAGUCUGCUUCCUGUUUACACCUGUACAUACGUGACAAGUGUAUGUGAAUAGAUACGUGUUUUCAGAUGUGUUAUUGUGACAGAGAUUAAUUAUGAUCCAGAGCUAAAACACUCGCCUGGACAGAGAUUGUUUUCAUUUUUUGAAACGCUGUUUUAAAAUGAAAAUGUGUUAGUGUGGUCGUAGCUGGAGAAACGUAGCAGCUGGCACUUUGUCACUUUUUAGCCAAGAAAAGGUUCCAGACUUACUUUAUCUGAUGUUAAGCUUUAUAACCUUAACUCACUCCAUGAUGUCAAUAACCGAGUCUCAGAACAUGUGAAAUGUGUACAGCAGCUUUGGGUAAAAAACACGACACAUUGAAGGACAAACGGUUCAGGAAAUAAAGAGCCACAAGUUUCAUUCCAAUGUUGAGGAAACCGCUGUUUCCUCAACGUUGUCCCAAGCAGAUUCUGAUUAAUUCAACUUCAGUUUCAGUGUUUGUUUUUAAGUACAUGCUCAGCCCCCCUGGAUGUUUUAUUAAACAUUUUAUAUGUA